AUACAUAAACAUAUAUCCUUCUCCUCAAAUAUAACUUUCUUAAUUUCUUUCUCUCUCACACUCUUCCAUGGCCUUAGCCUUAGGAAAUCAAGGUCCACAUGAUAUAACCUUCUUGUGGGAAGACCAUUCAUGGGAUCCCACCAAUUCUGAUAACUCAAGUGAAAGUAAAGAGAAGGCCAAGCCACUAAACCAGCAGAAAGAAGAAAAAGAUGAAACUCUCGUGAAUAAGAAGCGAAAUCAAGUCCAGCGUAGUAUUACUAGUGGUGAAGGUAAAGAUGAAAAGUGUCAAUCUGAUCAUGAAGUGCAUAUAUGGACUGAGAGAGAAAGGAGGAAGAAAAUGAGGAACAUGUUUGCUAAUCUUCAUGCUUUGCUUCCGCAUAUUCCUUCUAAGGCAGAUAAAUCAACCGUUGUGGAUGAAGCAGUGAGCUACAUAAAAAAUCUACAGCAAACCCUGGAAAAGCUAGAGAAACAGAAACAAGAAAGGGUCCAAUAUGUCUCCACUUUUGGGUGUGACUCAUCUAUGUUUGUUACUCAUCAAGGAUCUUCUAACAAUCCCAAUGCAAUGAUGGGAACUUCAAACAGUGCACUUUCAUUCCCUGGGCAACAACAACCAAUAGCUUUUGAAAAAACGUGGGCUGCUUCAAAUAUUGUCCUGAACAUUUGUGGAGAUGAGGCCCAAUUCACCAUUUGCGCGGCCCGUAAGCCAGGCCUUUUAACCUCCAUUGCUUUUGUGCUAGACAAGUACAAAAUAGAGGUCAUAUGUGCCAAUAUUUCGAGCAUUGGAAAUGGAAAUGGAUGCAUGAUUCAAGCCCAUGGAAAACGAUCUUCAAAUGAGUUCCUAGAUGCAAAUUCAGUGGAGGAAAUUUAUAAGCAAGUGGCAGGAGAGAUUAUGCUAUGGAUCGCAUAAAAUUUUGGAUGAUGAAAACUUAUUGUUUUGUUUGAUGUAAAUUUUUUAAUUUUCUUAAAACUAUUAGUGAGCUUUCAUGGCUUAACUUGAUGGUUAUGAAAGCAAACGGGUAUAUGCUUUAAUCUUGGUGGUUUAAGGUUUAAACUGAAUUUGAAUGCUUAUUA